UGGUGCAACGCCCCGUGGAUGGCCUACCGACAAUCGGGGCGGGAACCUAUCCACGGCUUAACUAUGGAGAGGCCUGCCAACGUUGGGUAUAUCGCCGACACUCAGAAACGAUGGGAACAGACCUGGGCUGUUGGCUUCUACAACUUUUACGGCGCUUACACCAUCGGGAAGUUCUGGGAGAAGCCGUGGGAGCCAACCCUCACCGACAACGUGAAAUUUCCAGAGGGUACGGUCGCUUUUAAACUGCUGUUCACCGAGGCGACAGAAGCGGACGUGCCCAGCCUGGCGGGGUCUCCAGAGUGGCAGGCGGCGAUCGCUAUUCCUGAUCCGCCCAUUCCCCCAGAUGCGUCCGAUGGGGAAGCGUUCGGCAAGCUUUUGGACACCAUGAAACCUAAAGACAGAGGGCCCAAGCUCUACCCACUCAGGCUCAUCCAGGUGGACAUUAUGGUCAGGGACUCAAGGGCUGACAAAGAGACAGGGUGGGUGUUCGGAACGUUCAUGUAUCACAAGGACCAUGGCACGAAAACCAAGGACAAGUGGCGGCGCCUGGUGCCCCUGUGCCUGCAGUGGGGGAACGAUCCGGACCUCACACCGGAACGGUACUACGAGCAGGGCAUACGGCCGAAUGAAACUUGGACCAACCCACUCGUAAAGGAAAAAGGCCUCCUAGCACCGGGCCGUCCCUACCUUGGCUAUCUCGAACGAGCCAACGGGAUUGUGGACAACUUCAUAUCCUGCUGUGCCUCCUGCCAUUCCACGGCGUCCAUUCCAACGUUCCCGAAGACGCUGACCCCAUCGAAACCGGAUCUGGUCCCCAACACGAUGGAUUGGUUCAAGAACAUCCAUGCUGGGGAGCCAUUCGAAGAGGGGGGAAAGUCUCUGGAUUAUUCCCUGCAGCUGGAUUCCGGGCUGAGCGGAUACUUUGAAUGGGUGAAAAGCAAACCAAAACCGAAGUAAUUUUAAACUUUCCGGGGUCAUCCGGGGUCAUUGCACCAAAACGAGGCUAGCAAGGCAACCGUUGUAUCACACUUCAGUAUAGAUAUAGGCCAUCUUCAGUGGAAGUUUUCCCCUCUAACUUGAAAUACUGUAGAAUAUGUGCCUGUCACGUGUAGAAAAUAUUUUCUUCCUACAUUUUGAAUUCCAUUUCG